ACCUGCUCUCUAGUGAAGUUGAGGCUGACUAAUAGGCUGUCUUUGUAUACAUUCAAAUAGAAAUGAUUAGGAAUGCAGCCUGUGCAGGGUUGCACCUGACCUAGCAGACAUCCAGGCAAGGCAGCGACCUCAGUGUGUACUGCCUAUAUCAUUAGGAAGGAAAUGUGAUCGGGGAAGAAGUCCACGUCUCUUGGCUGGGAGGAGCUGAGGAGGGAUCUGAGUGCCUGAAGAGUAGUCUCUCCAGCAUAAUCGCAGAGACCCAGAGCUCGCACUUCCCUCCAUGUAAUGGCUCUGUGUGGAAGCAUGCUCAGGCUUUAGGAUUAGAAGGUGAGCGGGGGAAAAUUCUUCACAGGGAUCGCAGCUUCUGGAACACAAGAACAAUUCUAACCCUGCAAUAUGAGCACCCUUUUCCUUUUGGACUUCUGGUGCCCUUGAGUCAAAAUCACUGACAACAAAAGGCGACCUUCAGAUUGACAGUCCGCUCGAGCCAUGAAGGAAGAGGGCCUCCUGAGGCGCAGGUCAUGUGCCGGGGUAUCACCUGGCACCUUCCUCCCAAGGCCUGAAGGACGAAAGCUUGUCAGAAACGCAUCAUUUGGAGGAUACCACGAGCUGUCUCCUGCUGUGCCAGGUUUCGACAGGGGCAAGGAUGAAACUUUGCAAAGUAAAGAUGACUCUUCUAACUCCAUGUCCAAGAGCAAGUCUGAGUCUAAAUUAUAUAAUGGGUCUGAAAAGGACAUUGCUUCUGCCUCAAGCAAACUUACAAAAAAGGAAUCACUCAAGGUGCAAAAGAAAAAUUACAGGGAGGAGAAGAAGAGGGCCACUAAAGAAUUGCUCAGUACAAUCACAGAUCCAUCAGUUAUUGUCAUGGCAGAUUGGCUAAAGAUUAGAGGGACAUUAAAAAGCUGGACAAAACUGUGGUGUGUGUUAAAACCAGGAGUCUUGUUAAUCUAUAAAACCCCCAAAAAUGGACAGUGGGUAGGCACAGUUCUACUGAAUGCCUGUGAAAUCAUAGAGCGGCCAUCUAAGAAGGAUGGAUUCUGCUUUAAACUUUUCCACCCACUGGAACAGUCAAUCUGGGCUGUUAAGGGUCCUAAAGGUGAAGCUGUUGGAUCCAUUACUCAGCCUCUUCCAGGCAGUUACUUGAUUAUUAGAGCUGCGUCAGAAUCAGACGGAAGGUGCUGGAUGGAUGCACUAGAGCUGGCUCUAAAAUGCUCCAGUUUGCUGAAACGCACCAUGAUCAGGGAAGGUAAAGAGCAUGACCUCAACUCCUCUGAGAACAGCCACGUAAACUUCUAUGGCUUGCUAAGGGCAAACAACAUGCACAGCAAUGAAAAUUUCCAGUUAAAUGACAGUGAAAUUGAAAGACAACACUUUAAAGAUCAAGACACUUAUUCUGACAAAUCAGAUAAGGACAAUGACCAUGAUCACGAGGAGUCUGACAAUGAUGGGCUUGGCAAAAGUGAGGAGAGUGACAGCGACACCUCAGAGAGACAGGAUGACUCGUUUAUUGACCCUGAACCAAUUGAUAUAUUAAAGGAGACGACAUAUGUGGAAGAGUCCCAUGAAGAAUUGGGAGAGGCUGGUGAAGCAUCACAGACUGAGACUGUUUCAGAAGAGCACAAAAGUUUGAUCUGGACAUUACUGAAGCAGGUGCGGCCGGGAAUGGACCUGUCCAAAGUGGUGCUUCCCACCUUCAUACUGGAACCCCGUUCAUUCCUGGACAAGCUCUCAGACUAUUACUAUCAUGCUGACUUUCUGUCUGAGGCGGCUCUAGAAGAAAAUCCCUACAGCCGGAUGCAGAAAGUUGUGAAGUGGUAUCUGUCAGGAUUCUACAAAAAGCCAAAGGGUCUGAAAAAACCUUAUAAUCCUAUUCUUGGGGAAACCUUCCGCUGCUUGUGGAUCCAUCCAAAAACCAGUAGCAAGACCUAUUACAUUGCUGAGCAGGUUUCCCAUCAUCCACCAGUGUCUGCCUUUUAUGUCAGUAAUCGCAAAGAUGGAUUUUGUCUUAGUGGGAGUAUUCUGGCCAAAUCUAAAUUUUAUGGCAAUUCCCUCUCAGCUCUUCUGGAAGGGGAUGGAAGACUAACAUUCCUUAACAGAGGAGAGGACUACACUAUGACUAUGCCUUAUGCACACUGUAAAGGAAUCCUUUAUGGCACCAUGACUCUAGAGCUUGGAGGAAAUGUCACCAUUACAUGCGAGAAAACUGGGUAUAGUGCCAUUCUAGAGUUUAAAUUAAAGCCCUUUCUUGGUAGUGACGACAGUGUAAAUCAGAUAUCAGGGAAGAUCAAAUUGGGAAAGGAAGUCUUGGCAACACUGGAGGGGCACUGGGAUAGUGAAGUGUUUAUUAAUGACAAGAAAACAGAGCUAUCUGAGACUUUCUGGAACCCAACAACUGAAAUAAAGCAGCGCAGAUUAACACGUUGCACAGUAAACUAUGAUGAGCAAGGGGAGUUUGAGUCUGAAAGACUCUGGCAGCAAGUUACAAAGGCAAUCAAUAACAAGGAUCAAACAGAAGCCACUCAGGAGAAGUUCGUCUUAGAAGAAGCUCAGAGAAAAUCUGCCAAAGAGAGAAAAGCCAAAGGCGAAGACUGGUUGUGCCAUCUCUUUGAACAAGAUCCAAUCGCCGGAGAGUGGCAAUACAAAUUUGCUGAUACUCGACCAUGGGACCCGCUAAAUGAUCUGGUUCAGUUUGAAAACGAUGGCGCUAUCCAGACAAAAGUCAGGCAUAGGACUCCAAUGGUACGUUCGGGCAGUGUAAUUAGUCUCAGUAACCAAGGGGCAAAGCGGGAGAAAUUAAAUUAUCAGGUGUGCGUUCCAAAGCUUAAACACAAGUCAAGGGGGCAGCAGAAGAAAGGAGAAAGUGGCUGUUCCUCCCCAGAACUGGAUAAUCAGGAUUCCUCAGGGAGCGAAGCACAUCUACUAACACACAGCAGUCGAAGCAGGAAAAAGGGAGCUGACCAUGGAGAACUUCUAAGUGCCAUAGACUCUAUAAGGAAAACUCAAGAGGAAAUCAACCGGAACAUUGUUUCUCUGCGUAGCCGCUUGUCUACAAAUGCCUCAAACACAGAUACCAAUUUUCUUCAGCAAAGAGACUAUUGUAUUAUCAUCUUCCUGAUUUUGCUGCAGAUUGCCAUUAACUAUCUGUUCAAGUAAGAAAGAAUAUCUUGCGUGGAAAUAUGUGGUAUCCGAGACUGUCACUGUUGAAUCGAGACCACGCUUACCCUCAUUGGCAUUUUCAUGAGGUCUACAAGCCACUGUCGUGCUUUUCAUCCUGUCAUAGAGGUCAAAUGAUUUGGACUUUGGCAGAAAUGUUGUGCUCAUGUCAGAAACUGUGGUCCUACGAAGACAUUGAUGCAUCAUUACCACAGUCUUUCCAAGCUGCCAGUAGCUCAAGCAUUGAAAGUGCCAGCACCAUCUACCUAGCUGUUGCUAUGUAUUAAAUGUUGCAAUAUGUUGUGCUUUACACAUCAUACUGAUCUUUCAAGAGAAAGUAAUGCUGUAGUUACAGAUGUAUAUAUACUUUUUAUAUGUAUGUAAGUGACUGUGUCUCUUUUUUUUUUUUUUCAGUUUGUAAGGAUUCUGAUGUUAUUCGUAACGCGCAAAUAGGUUGUAAUUAACUUUAAACUAUGUAAAAUAGGGUAGAUAACAAACUUUGACCAAAUAUAUUCCUUAUCUAUUCACUUGUAGUCAUAACUGUAGAAUAAAGCUAGCACCAGAAGAAUCCCAAAAAAAUCAGUUUUUACAAAAUAUCUCUGUGUACUAUAAUUCAACAGUAAGGCAGGAAAGGACUGAAGAAGUUGCUUUGUUCCCAUUCUAACCAUGCAGUGCUAUAUCAUCUGCUGUCCAGACUUUUAUAAUCCUGUCCUCUUAUUGACUGCCUAUUGUAGGACCAAAGCAUUUCUACUACUUGUAAAAUGAGCAUAUUGCUAGUUACAGAAUAUGGGGCACUAUGUUCUCAAAUUUCUUUUAUUUAGAGCAAUUUGUUUAUUCCAGACAAUGUACUCUGCUUGUGAGAUAUAUGAAGACUUUAAUGGUUUCAAGUAUGGACCAGUCAAUUUGUUUUUCAUUCAGUAUAUGUAUACUCUUUUGUGUACUACAACUUUGUAUUGUGACAAAAAGGCUUUGUGUAUAGGUCAGGAUGGCACCAGGUAGUGUUUACAUAGGCCGGCCAUAGAUGGAGCGAAUUUCUUUCCUGCAACCAUGGGUCGAUCAACUUGAGUUAAUUCAGCUUGCCCAUACAUGGAUCGAAUUUCGUACAAUUCCUCCUGAACUGACUGAGAUUCACAUGGUCUAUGGCCGGCUUUACUAGACACGUCUCUACAAUUGCUGAAUUUAGGUAGCAGUAACAUUUAUAUGGUAUUACUAACUCAUUUAGGAGCAUCUUGGAGAAGCUCCAGGCAGGGUCCUUCUGUUUUAGAUAAAUACUAGCUAGGUCAAUGAUCAUAUCUCUCUGAGACUCGAACAAAGAAAUCUAAAAGUUGGAUUUCACAGCUCUGCUGCCUGCAAUGGCUAAGAUUGGCCUGCAUCUGUCUUGCAUUAUACACAAUGUAGAAUAAGUUUAAUGACCAGAUUGACUCCUUACAAAGGUGGGAUAUUAGAGAGCCUAUUUGUUCUAUUAUAUCGGUGAUCCAACCACCACCAGCCACCCAAAACUGGUGUAUCAGAUUUAAAUAAUAAAUCAAUUUAUUUUUAAAUGGGUUGCCUGAUUUGUUUAGUAGUUUCUGGGAAGAUUAACCACCUAAUGGCUUGUUAAAUCUUUUGGAGUAUCUACUGGUCAGUUCCCUGCUUCCAUUCCCAGGUCCUGUGCAAUUGAUGCUGCCUUCAGAUCUUCAGAUUUUAAUUCAUUGUGUACACAUUAAGCAAAAAAGGAGGUGUGAAAACACUUAGACCCCUUUCACACUGGGACGGUUUGC